AUGCCUUACACUCCUCCCUCCCAGCGAUCUCCAGCCGCAUCUGCUCCUCACUCUCCAAACAUCAGCCGUCGCUCGUCAUACCAAAAUAAUACUCACCCCCACGUCGGCCACCGCGAUCACCAUCAAAGUCACUCGGUCUCGAGCAGACCUGAGCUCCCCCGAUCGACCUCAUACCUGACCCGGCAUCGUCGGACCCCUUCUGUCAAUACGACCACUACCUUCGAACCGGCUUCGGAACCAUCACCACCGGGGACGGCAACCCAGCAGAAUGAUUCGAAUGCCUUGAAAGCCCUAGGUAGCCUUAGACAGUCACCGCCGCCCUUAACAAAUAAUAGGCAAAUGCCUGCGGGGGCCGUCAUGUCACCGCCCGAUUCACCACAGCAGAGUAGUGAUGACGAGAUGAAGAGUCACAGAGAUCGAGAGUUAAAGAACUUGGCGGAGCUCCAGGCGGCGAUCAGGAUAAUAGAGCAGACCAGGGAGACCUCACCCGACCAGACCGCAGAGCAAGCUGGAAAGGCCAAUCAGUAUCUGACUUCGAUGCCACCGUCCCAAGCAGAGGCAAAAUUGACGGCGACAAAUGGGGAUAGGGCAAAACCACCACAUCAUAUCCGUGGUCACCAGAGAUCGAAGACUGAUACACCGGUCUUCGUCGGCUUGGGGAAUGACGGCUCUACCGAAUCCCCCUUGACGGGGUCAGACGAGGAAUCCGUGAGCGAUGGCGAUGGCUCCGACUUAUUAAAGCGAGGCCUGCCAAUGCUGAGGAAGAAGUCUGGUGAGCUGGUCAGGCCAGCAUUAAGACCCUCGUCAGCACGGCGGCGGCCGUCCAGCAUGCCUGGCACGCCGACCUUCUCCAAGGCGGUUCACUUCGAUGCAAACCUCGAGCAUGUCCGACACUUUCUCCAACUUGAAAGACCAAUGGCAGUCAGUGCAGGUUCGUCCCCAGUUGAGGCGUACGAUAGUGACGCGGAAUUCCCAUUUGGAGAAGAUGGGGCUGGUGGACGAAACCCACCAUUCGAUUGGGAAAUCACCGUCGCCAACUUCCCCAACCAGACACCUGAGCGAUUGGCACAACCUGUCAGAGUCGAGCGAGUCUUCCUGUCAGCCGAUAAUAAGACCUUGGUUGGUACGGUUGCUGUGGCCAAUCUGGCAUUCAACAAGUUAGUUGUGGCGCGGUUCACCCUUGAUUACUGGAAGACCACGUCAGAGGUCGUUGCCGAGUAUAGCCACGAUGUGCGGCAGCCGAAGCACAGUGAUGGAUAUGAUCGAUUCAAUUUCUACAUCAGGCUCGCAGACCAAGCUAACCUCGAGGCCAAGACUUUGUUCUUCUGUGUGAGAUACAACGUCAACGGCCAGGAGUACUGGGACAAUAACAACUCGAUAAAUUUCCAGGUUGACUUCCGGAAGAAGCAUAAGCCACAGAAUGGGAAGAAAGGCCCCCUAGGAGCCGCAUCCCGACCUGUUGGCUCCCUUCCCAGAAGCGGGAAGAAGUCACCACAGGCCUCUGAAAAGCCAAAGUCGACGCCUCCUACUUUCGACGACUUCGCAGAUGGCUUUGAUUCUAAAUACAAGUUUGAUCUAAGGCAACCCGUUGGCGAGGUCCUGGGAGACCCAAGUUCAUCAUUGAGGUUGAAGGGCGUCAAAUCCGCUGUCGAUCUUAGUGAUAAUCUUACUCGACGAAAUCCAAAUGGCCAAGCAUUCGGCAACCGCUAUGACUUUGGUGCUUCGCUAUCUGCAGCAAUCCAGGCUGCUAAUAGCGUCCUUGGUGACCGCAGUGGGCUCACGAUGAAGCCUCCGGCUAAGAAGCGCGCUCCUAGGUUUGUCAUGGAUGCGGAACAGACUACCUCGCCCGUCGCAAUGACAAGCUCCCAAUCAUUGAGCAAGCCAUCCCCACAAGCCAGAACAGGAAUCUCAGCUCAUGUGCCUACCCCCGAAUCCCCACGACCACAUGGGACAGAGAAACCUAUCAUUGCUUCUCAAUCCUAUAACGAGCUUCUAGACAAAUACUGCUUUUUUGGGUCCGCGAAGAAUUCCCCACAGCUCAAGGAUGGUACUCUACGAUCUGGCAAAUACGAAGGUAGCAGUGAUAGCUACGUCCUUAAUUCCGCUGAUUCUACGGCGACCAACUCUCCCUUGAUGAUGGAGAAGAAGCCAUCGCCCCCGCGAACCCAGACACCAAGCAAUCAGGGUUCUCGCUCUGCUUCGCCGGCCCCAAUGACGGACCUCAUUCCGGUUACGUCUCCGGGUUAUCUUUAUAACAAUCACGCUACCUUUCCGUUCCACGACACUCAUACUCCAACAGCGAUUCUUGGUUGA